GUUUUAAUAUAACACGUUCAUUUGUCCACUUUCCUUCUAAAUAUGCAUUACAAAAGAUGAAAUGUAUUCUUUUUAAGACAAACUCUAAACUAAUUUAGAUCUAUUGCUGAGUAUGUUCAAGUCUGAACCUUCACUCCCGACAUUUCUCACAGAACAUGUGAAAAUGAUCUUUUCAGAGACAGAACAUUUCACAAAACAUUUGCACAUUUCUAAACAUAUGUAACUUUUGGGCAGAGUUUACACUUUUCCUUUGUUUGGGCCUACUAUUUUAACCUGCUGUUUUAUGAAUACUAUGAAUUUAGAAUACAUACGACUUAUUUCACAUGCUGCAUUUCCUCUACUAUAUAGUAGGGAGAUAUGCGUGUUCAGCAAAAAAAAGUCACAACAGGUCUUUCAGUAAUCUGUAAAGUUAAGUAAAUAUUAUUACUGACAAAAAUAUAUCCAAGAAUAGUGUUCGGUCAAAAUUCUAUAAGAAAUAAAUUCAUGCAUUCUUGGGGUAGUGAUACAAAAAUAAAAAAAAAUUCCCAUCCUAUGACCAAAAAAAACAUGAAAAUGACUUUGAUAAGGGUCAGAAACAAGUUUUUUGAAGAAUUCAUGGAAUAUCAAAUUAAUAAAUGUUUUCAUUGAUAAAAUAUUUAAAAAAUCACAGCAUGCCGGGUCAAUUUGACCCCCCUUUAUGCACUCUAGAGUUAAGUUGAACAGUUUUGAAAAACUAUCUAAACAUGCAAAUUGGCCUGUAGGUGCAUAGAGAUUUGGCAGUGGUUGUGUCUAAGUGAGAAAAGAAUUCAUGUAAUUUGAAAGAAGUAGUCACUGAAUGCAUUUUGUGCCAAAGCAAUAAUAAAUGAUCCACAGUUUAGCCCACAUUGACUGCUGUUGUGAUCACUGUGUGAAGAGUUUUAGAAAAGUGAACAUAUUUUCUUGUGUGUUCUGCAGAAGAAAGUAAGUUUGAAUCAACCUGAGUAAAUUACACAAUUUACAUUCUGGUGUACCUUUGAGGAGCUGGGACUGGGAGAGUGUAGAAAAUGGUCAAGGAAAACAAUGUUUUUGGGGCAAUAAAACAUUGACUAACAUUAUUGUUAGACUUCAGAGAAAAGCUAAGUAUGAUGUGACCCAAAUCUCUUCAAACCGCCCCUUCAUGCACUGAGUAAUCAGAUGCUCAAUAUGCACUUCUGUGCACAUUAUACAUUCUGUGCAUGACUAAACUUUUUCUGUUAUCUCAGCCAGCUGUGAAAGUUUUCCGAUCAUAAGCUAGACUGGUUUUAUUGAUUGCAUGUGGUCAAAGACGACACAUUUAGAAGCUGUUUUUAGAAACUGCGGCUUUCAAACUUCAAGCACUUCAAGAACAACAUUGACCACAGCAGAAAGGAUCCGUCGAUAAUAGAUCUGUGCUGAGUGUUCUUUCCAUCUGAUGUGCACAAUCACACAGCUAGUGUACUUUUUCACUUACCGUAUAGAUUUACUGAUUUGCUUCUCCUCUGAAAUUAGAGUGCAUUGAACUUUUUGUAACCAGGUAGGAUGACAUCCCACUACAACUUUAAUUAACUCACUCCACUUGUCAUGGGAAUUUGCAUCGGAACAUCUUCAGCCGCAUAAUUAACUUCUCAACAUUUAGUGUGAAGUGAUGCAAGUCUGAAUCUAACAUGUUAUGAGUACAGAUGGCAUUGCAAUUCGGAAUUCAUAAAAAAAGUUCAGUUUAAAUUUAUUCAUUUUUUUCCCAGCUGGGGUUUAAAAUGUGCAAAUGAGCAGUCAUUUGUAGCAAUACUUGCAUCUAUGAUGAUCUGGAGUCAUUUAGUUUCCAUGACAGUUAUUGCUAUGGCAAUUGGUUUUGGUGCAUUUGGGAAUAUUGAAAUUAAUACGUGCAAAAAGUAUCACCAGAGAAUUUCGAAACCUCUUUAAAUUUAGUAAGCCGCUUCCAUCGGCAUCUAUAUUGCUUCAUCAAUUAGCCCAUGACGUCAUGACAUUCAAAAUCUUUCCCUCCACUAACAUCUGUGUUGUGUAUUAGUACGGCUCAAACAUGAUCAAAACAUCUUUCUAGUCUGUUCUCGCUGUCUGACAUCUGUGCGUCAGCAAAGGAGUGACAGUUAGACCUGUUCGUCACAGGAAACUGCAAGUAGUAAAUAAGUCUGCCUACCUCAGUGUGCUUGCUAAAACACUGAGACGACCACAGCAGCAUCCUAGAGUGACGCUUCACCUGAAACUCAACUACUGCCUCUCAGCUUCUCAGUUACCCGAGACAAGAAAACUAGCCUCUGAUCUGUGCGAAAAUCACUCGAAAUAGUUUUCUCACUCCGCUAUCUCAGUUUUCAGAUCUUUUGCAUGCGUUCAUAAACAGAUGUGCAGGUGAAGGAGUUCUGUUUGCUUGUACAGAAGGAUUGUCAUCAAAGUUAGCCUGAAGACCAUGAGGGUAUGAGGUCUGUAAUUUGGACCUGGAGACCUUGAUGACCUAGUGAGACCCAUCUGUGAUACCAGAUUGUGGUUCCCAUCAGCAUUGUGCACCUAAACACUCCAGAGUAGCAUGGGCAGUCGGCCCAGUAAAGACCGGCGCGGAUCCAGCGCACAUGCUGUUCUCUUGGACACAGAGGAAAUAGCCGACUCGCUGUCCAUGGACGGCGGUAGAUACGUGGUGGUGUCCCUGUACGACUAUCCAUCGAGAGGUCCGGGAGACUGUACCAUCAGAGUCGGGGAGAGGCUCAACAUUUUGUCAGAUGAAGGAGAGUGGUGGAAAGUAAGUUCGUCAGCCACAGGAAAUGAGAGCUACAUCCCCAGCAAUUACACUGCCAAAGUGUACAACAGGUGGCAGUUUGUGGGUCUCAGCAAACAGAAAGCAGAGGAACUGCUGAUGCUCCCCCAUAAUCAACCCGGCUCCUUCCUCAUCAGAGAGAGCGAGACCUUCCCAGGUAACCACACUCUGUCAGUGCGUAAGAACAGCUCGCAGGAGCGCGCUUCAGUCAAACACUACCGUAUCAGCUGCAUCGAGAACGGCUGGGUCUACAUCUCUCCCGGACUCACCUUCAGGACCAUCGCAGACCUGGUCGCACAUUAUUCAGAAGUAUCGGACGGGUUAUGCUGUACUCUGGGGGAGCCGUGCUUCAUCAUUGGAUCUAACAACGUUCCCGUUGUAACCGGCCCACCUCCAGUUGCCGUGAAGAGACCCACUAUAAACUGGAAAGAUGUGAACAGCUCCAUGAUCUUUGGGCAGAGUAAAGAGGGUGAGGAGGAGUCUCUGGUGAGUGAAGGACUGAAGGAGGCCAUUAACUCAUACCUCUACAUGACGGAGGAAUGCGAAGACUGCUGUCAGCUCUGGGAAACAUGAGGAAGACUGUAGAGAGACUUGAAGGAUGAGUGUUUGAAUGACUUUGGGCUCUUGAUGCUGUCUGUGAUCUGGGAUGACGCACUUUCGUACAUAUAGAAACAGACCCAGAAACGGAAAAUAACCAAAAACUACAUCUAAGCGUCUAUUUUCAUUUGUGUAUUUCCUUGAAGAGAUGCGUAAAAAUUGUUUAAGAAAGAAAGCGGCGUCGGAUGAAGCUCCCGGCCGAGCGCAUUGACUCAUUGCUGUUCUUCCAGAGUGGGUGCUGGAGACAAAGCUGUCACAGUUUCCUGUGUGGACUCGCUCCUGGCGGACAUGAAAGAGAACACGAAUGAAGGAAAUAACGACAGAGGAGUGUGUGAGUGGGAGGGGGAACACAGCUGGGUGGCGUACGCAUCCAUUUCCACUCCUCUCACACUUUCUGGAACUUUAUCAGCGACUCGUUACAAAUGUGAUCGCGAUCAUAGAAUGAUGAGAUGAGGAACUCCAGAGAAGUUUUACCAGUGAUAUCAAAGAUAUUUUGAUACUGUUUUUUGUUGAAAAUGCCAAACAAAAUACUUAUUUAUGACUUGGAACAUAAAUGUGAAUAUUUGUAUAUAUGUACAGUUCCUUAAAGGGAUAGUUCACCCAAACAUGUUGAUUUUGUCAUAAAAAAAUAAAUAAAAAAAAGAGUAGUUUUGGUUUCCAUUGACUUCCAUUAUAUUUUUGGACCAGACAAUGGAGCCAAACUGUUUAGUCACCAACAUUAUUCAUAAAAACAUCUUUUACAUUCUACAUAGUCCUACAGUUUUUGAAUGACAUGAGGGUGAGUAAAUAAUGACCAUUUUAAUUUCUGAGCGAACUAUCUUUUUAAUGGACUUAUCGACAUCAAUUAUGUUCUUUUAAAUAAACUCAACAGAAAAAAAAACCAAUCUCAUCUUUGUAUCUGUAGAAGCUGACAAAAGCAUCUUAAAUGAGGUGUUUCCUGUCUAUCUUUGCACCUAUUGUUCUGAAAAGAACCGCAGUCUUAAGCAGCAGGAAGUAAAGAUUUGUGCAUGCCUGUGUGGUCUCUUCUCAGGGUGCAGAGGAAUAUUUAUACCAGCCAUGUUCUUCAAAAACCUUACAGCAAACUUCUGAGAACGGUCUUAAAAUGUACUUAGAAAUUAAAAGUGAGAAUUUAUGUGGACGUUUUAUCUGUUACAUUAAACCAGUUUCUCCUACACGUCACUGAUAGCAGAGGGCAUUUAUAUACGUUGACCUAAAGAUUUCCAUUUUAUGUAACAGGCUGCAUGUUCCUCUACAUGUGAUGAAGUGAAUGAGUGGCACUGUAGUAUGUGUGAUGAUUGUAAUUACAAUGAGUGCAAUUACAUUGCAGUGCCACCUAGAGGCUGUAGUGUGUAUUGGCACUAAAUUAAACAUAUGUACAGUG